GACAGCAAUGGCUGCGUUCGCUGCUGCACGGAGUAGCCGUGGUGUGCUAUCCGCAAUAAAAGCUUCUUUUAACACAUUUGCAAAUGUGAAACAUGGCUUGGCUGUGGCUCCUAUUGCACAGUCGCACUUGCUGCAGCAUGCGAGGUGGUAUUCUGUCAGUCAUCUCUCCGUUCAUGAAAGAAUAGACAGAAAGAGGAAUGCUGCACUCGUAGGAGGAGGUCAGAAGAGAAUCGACGCUCAACACAAAAGGGGAAAGCUGACCGCCAGAGAACGUGUUGAGCUCCUGUUGGACCCAGACUCGUUUGUGGAGUAUGACAUGUUUGUGGAACAUCGCUGCUCUGACUUCGGCAUGGAAGAGGACCACAACAAGUUUCCAGGUGACAGUGUGGUGACCGGACAAGGGAGGAUCAAUGGGAGGCUGGUGUAUGUCUUCAGUCAGGACUUCACAGUAUUUGGAGGCAGUCUCUCUGGGGCUCACGCACAGAAGAUCUGUAAGAUCAUGGACCAGGCCAUGAUGGUAGGUGCUCCGGUCAUUGGUCUGAACGACUCGGGCGGAGCCAGGAUCCAGGAGGGGGUGGAGUCUCUUGCUGGAUAUGCUGACAUUUUCCUGAGGAACGUGCUGGCUUCAGGUGUGGUCCCUCAGAUCUCACUCAUCAUGGGUCCCUGUGCUGGAGGAGCCGUCUACUCUCCUGCCCUCACUGACUUCACCUUCAUGGUCAAGGACACGUCGUACCUGUUCAUCACAGGCCCUGAUGUAGUGAAGUCGGUCACCAACGAAGAUGUCACUCAGGAAGAACUGGGAGGAGCUAAAACGCACACUGCCGUGUCAGGGGUCGCCCACCGUGCUUUUGAGAACGACAUCGAUGCCCUGCUCAACCUACGAGACUUCUUUAACUUCCUUCCUCUGAGUAACCGGGACCCCGCCCCUGUUACUGAGUGCCAGGACCCCAGUGAUCGUCUGGUUCCUGGUCUGGACACAGUCGUUCCAUUUGAGACCACUAAGGCCUAUGACAUGUUGGACAUCAUCCAGGGGGUUGUGGAUGAGAGGGAGUUCUUUGAGAUCAUGCCCAACUAUGCUAAAAACAUUGUAGUGGGAUUUGCUCGCAUGAACGGACGAACUGUAGGCAUUGUGGGUAAUCAACCCAAAGUAGCUUCUGGCUGUCUGGACAUUAACUCGUCAGUGAAGGGAGCUCGCUUUGUCCGUUUCUGCGACGCUUUCAACAUUCCCAUCAUCACCUUUGUUGAUGUGCCAGGCUUCUUACCAGGUACUUCUCAGGAGUACGGAGGCAUCAUCAGACAUGGAGCCAAGCUACUUUUUGCCUUUGCCGAGGCCACCGUGCCCAAGAUCACCAUCAUCACCAGGAAGGCUUAUGGAGGAGCGUAUGAUGUCAUGAGCUCCAAGCACCUGAGGGGAGACGUGAACUACGCCUGGCCGUCUGCUGAGGUUGCCGUGAUGGGAGCCAAGGGCGCUGUCCAAAUCAUCUUCAGGGGGAAGACCAACCAAGCAGAGCAGGAGGCUGAAUACGUUGAGAAGUUUGCCAACCCUUUCCCUGCUGCUGUCAGAGGAUUUGUGGAUGACAUCAUUGUGCCGUCGACCACCCGGAAGAGGAUCUGCAGGGACCUGGAAGUUCUGGCCUCCAAGAAACAGACAAACCCAUGGAAGAAACACGCCAACAUCCCUCUCUAA